AUGGAGUCUUAUAACAACACUUUCGGAUCCGAACGAAACUCUUCUGAGAGCUUCUCCCAUCUCGUUGAAUUAGCUUCCUCCCAGCUUGUUGUCUUGCACUCACAAAAGCCUUCCAAUGGCGACCUCUACCUCCUACAUAUUCGGAAUUUCGCUACAGUCAAGGCAUUAGCCUUAACAAUCCUUUUAAUUUUGAUCUGCAAAAUAAUAUUUUCUCAACUAAGUUGGAAGAAUGAAACGAAAGCGCUCGAGAAGCGAUAUGGAUGCAAAGAACCUUCGCAUCUCAAAACCCAUUGGUUCUUUGGCAUCGAUAAGCCUCUCCAAGUCCUCGCUGCUGGUAAAGAAGGUCGAGUACUCCACUACUUUCGGUCACUCGUAGCAGAAGCGGGAAACACCUUCGAGUGGACAGUCCUCGGAUCUCGAGUAUGGGGAACUCAAGAUCCCGAGAACAUCAAAGCUGUCCUGAGUACACGGGAGAAGUACUUUAGCCACGAAGUACGCCGUGAAGUUCUUUGCACCUUGAUUGGCGAUUCAAUCUUCACCCAAGAUGGAGCAUCGUGGAGACACUCCCGAGCACUUCUCAAACCAUCAUUUUUCCAGAAACAUUGCACCAAUUCGACUUUGUUCGAAGAGCAUGUAGACAACCUCAUCGCUCGAAUCCGCUGCGACUCGACAGUGGAUCUUCAGCCCUUCUUCUUCUCACUCACUCUGGACGUGACCAGUGCGUUUAUCUUUGGCAAAUCUGUGUACAGUCUCACGCCAAGCCAGACUGAAGAAGAGGCGGAAUUCAGUCGAGCGUUUCAGUACGCGCAAGUCUACCUUUCUAAGCGAUACCAACUUGGUCGACUUUGCUGGUUGUUGAACGGCAAGGAGUUUCGCGAGUCCUGCAAAACAGUACACACAUAUGUUGACCAAAUCGUCGACAAUGCGAUGCAAGAGAAGGCCAGAAUAGCGUUGGACCCAGAUUGCAUCCAGGCUUCCAAACAAAACUUACUGGGAGAGCUGGUCUUCGAUGUCUCCGAUCCCAUACAGGCUAGAGCUCAUUUGAUGCAUUUGCUGUUGGCUGGGAGAGACACGACAGCUGGCUUACUCUCAUGGACAAUGAGACUACUUAGUCGAUACCAGGGAGUCCAGUCUCGUGUUCGAGAUGAGAUAGAAGCAACUUUUGAGUCUGACCCCAUUGAUGUAAACAAGACAAAGGACAUGCCAUACCUCACGUGCGUCCUGAAAGAAGUACUACGCCUCUACCCAUCAGUACCAGUAAACUCGAGAACAGCAGCUGAAGAUGUUGUACUCCCCGUUGGUGGUGGUGAAGAUGGCAAGUCUCCAGUACUCGUCCGAAAAGGAGAAGACGUAGCUGUGUGCGUCUAUUCUUUGCAUCGUCGUACGGACCUUUACGGCUCCGAUGCCGAUGCCUUCCGACCUGAGCGGUGGGAGAAUGGUGCUCUCGAUCAUGUUGAGAAGUCGUACGGAUAUCUCCCAUUCCAUGGAGGUCGUCGAGUAUGUCCUGGUCGUCAAUUCGCGCUUGCAGAAGCUUCGUAUACAAUUGUGAGGCUGCUGACAGCUUUCCCAAAACUCAACGUCCCAGCAGGAACUACUUUUCCAGAAGUUGGGAUGGAGAAACAAAUAUUGGGACUCACACUUUCGAGUGCAGAUGGGUGUGUUGUUGAAAUGAGUCGAUGA